AUGCGCACUGCCGCAGGUUUCGUCUCGGCUGCCGCCCUCGCCGGUCUGGCAGCUGCUUCCCCUGCUCCUCAGCAGCUUGACUUCAACCAGCUUGCUGCUGCCCCUACUGUUCAGACCGCCCCCAUUUUGAACGGUAUUGCCAACCAGACUGUCAUCAUCAGCAGCUCUGCUAUUGCCCAGUCCAUCUCUGCCGCCGUCAGUACCACUGCCACUGCCGUCUCGACCGCCCCUGCUCAGGUUGUCAACAAGAACAAGCGCUCCGUCGAGAAGCGUGACAUCUUCAACUGGUGGAACUGCUUCAUGUGGGGUAUUCAGUGUGGCAGCAGCUCAUCCUCAUCCGCCGCCACCACCACCUCCAGCACUGUCAAGUCCACCAGCACCAGCUCCAAGGCUGUUGCCACUUCUUCUGUUGCCAGCAGCAGUUCCAAGUCUUCGUCGGCUGCUUCUUCGUCGGCCGCUGCUUCCUCGACCUCUUCUGGCUCGGCCACCGUCAACACCGUCUCCGGAACCAGCUCUUCCACCACUGCCUGCCCUACCACCCCUGAGGAUGGCACCUACUGUGGAUUCAUCAACCCUGAGGACCCUUGCGCCCCUCAGCCUGACGGAUACGGCCCCAAGGUUACUCCCGACACUGCCUCUGCCUUCCUUGCCUACCCUCCCUUCCACAGCAUGGCCUCUGCUGCCCCUACCGUCGUCGCUAGCUACAACCUUGCUUCUGGAUCUGGUAACGCCUACCUCCAGACUUUCAAGGACUUGAACGCUUCAUCCAGCGCCAACUCCUACCUCGGUCUGUACACCUUGACCUCUUACAACGUUUCCGACUGUGCCGCCCACUGUGACAGCACCAACCUCUGCACUUCGUUCAACAUCUACAUCGAGCGUGACCCUAGCCAGAACCCCACCAAGAACGACUCUACCGCUCCCACUGUCUGGGGCUACUACUGCCCUAACCCCUCGUCCAUCACCAACUACAAGUGCACUCUGUGGGGUUCCAACCUUGACGCUUCUACUGCUACCAACCAGGGUGAUUACCGCGAGGACUUCCAGGUUGUUGUGACCGGCUCCAACGGAUACGAUUCCACCAACACCACUCUUCCUCCUAACGUUGUCGACACCACCAACUCCACCUCUUCUGCCACCAGCGUUUCCUUGUCCAGCGCCACCCCUGCCAAGACUUCCUCCGCUGUUGCUUCCGCUACUGCCUCCUCCGGCCCUACCUGGACCAGCCCCAAGACCUGUGGUGGUAAGGCUAUCAACGCUCCCAACUACUGGAUGGGCUCCAAGUUCUACCCUGGACCUUUCAACCCUCAGGUCUGCGCCGACUACGCCGCUUACCAGCACCUUCUCAACAAGAAGUCUGCCAUCGCCGCUGGCCAGUCUUACUUCACUCCUUGCAACAGCUUCAACGCCUACUACCUGCACAAGAACGGUAUUCCUCACGGUACCUACUGUGCUCUGUACGAUGCUAGCAUCAGCACCAGCUACGCUACCUACACCGGUGGCUGGUCUGGCAACGACAAGUACGACUGCAGACAGUCUUACCAGUACACCCGCCAGACUCUUGACCAGGGCCGUUGCUAA